CAUUUCCAUAAUUGAAAGAUCAUGUAAUUACUUGUGAUGAACAGUGUACUGAGUGUAUUUGCAAAGAGCAGCCAUGGGGAAGAGAAGGUGCUAGAUUGGGAACAGCCAAAGCCAUGCUCGUUCUCUGGGCCUUGCCUGCCGUUAAAAGGCCUCCACUCCAGCGCUGCCCAUGAGAUGGCAAUCAAAUCAAUCAGAUCAAGUCAAAUCAAAUCAACAUUCUCUUGAAAUGUAGGUUUACAGGACAGUUGAGCCAGUUCUUCAGGAAAAGCCUGUGUUCUGUUGCAAACACGGUUGUAGAACAUUCUCAGCUGUGACAACUACUUAUGAGGUUGAAGACCAUGAGGCUGGGUCGUCUGGGGUCCUCCUGACCUCAGCUGGGGGUAACAGGAGCCCACGGGCACCUGGGCCAUGCGGCAGCUAUGCGCCUUGACACUGCAGUAGAAGGAGCUUAGCUGUGCGGGAAUCCCGCCAGGCCAGAGGCAGCCACAGGCCACGGGCUGAAUUCUGCCAGGCCUGCCCUGGUCUCCUUCCAGAGAGCCCUCUCUGUGCUUGGUCUACUGUCUGAAACAGUUUCUAGCCCUUGUAGGGGAAGUGGUGAGAGAGGAGUUGAAGUGGGGGUGCAGCAGCAGAGGGGCCCUUGAGACACCAUCUCCCCGCCUCCCGGAGACUCCUUCCCUGUCUGCCACAUGGAAACGUCCUGUACACAGUGUGAGGACUCACUCCAGCCCGUGGACUCAGGGAGAAUGGAGCAGCAUGGGGACCUGCUCCAACCCGUGGACUCAGGGAGAAUGGAGCAGCGUGGGGACCUGCUCCAACCCAUGGACUCAGGGAGAAUGGAGCAGCGUGGGGACCCGCUCCAGCCCGUGGACUCAGGGAGAAUGGAGCAGCGUGGGGACCCGCUCCAGCCCGUGGACUCAGGGAGAAUGGAGCAGCGUGGGGACCUGCUCCAGCCCGUGGACUCAGGGAGAAUGGAGCAGCGUGGGGACCCUCUCCAGCCCAUGAAUUCAAGGGAAGAGUGGAGCAGCGUGGUGAAAGUGGGCCUCACUCCCCAUUGUGGCCAUCAGCUGUCGGGCUCUGGGCAAGGCUGGGCAGCUGGUACACAUGGCCAGCAAGGGCCCAAGGGCAGCCUCCCGUAAGUCCAGCCGGCUCAACACAGCAGGGCCAGCGGGAGGACUGAGCCUCAUAGCCAGAGGGACAUCUGAUGCCUGUCCCUUUCAGUCACCUCUCUCUUGCAUCAUUCGCUGUUGCUGGAGUUGAUAGGCACUACGCCUUUGUGCCUGGCAGGUAUAAGCAUCCUUCUUGCAGGCUGCCUUCCUGGCCAAGAGCUGGGAGCAGUGGGCAUGGGGCCUGCUGGGCGCCAGUUCCAAGCCCUGCUCUGGAAGAACUGGCUCUGCAGACUGCGGCAUCCAGUCCUUUCCCUUGCAGAAUUCUUCUGGCCGUGUCUCCUGUUCAUGAUUCUGGUGAUACUUCGUUUCCAGGAACCUCCCAGACACAGAGACAGUUGUUACUUGCAACCCCGAGAUCUGCCCAGCCGGGGCAUUUUCCUGUUUGUCCAAGGCCUGCUUUGUAACGUGGGCUCAAGGUGCCGGAACUUCAGUUACGCGGAGACGGCGGCGCACAGCUUCAGGGUCCCAAGGUCCCAAACUAAGGCUGACCAUGAAAAGCUUAGCAAUCUGACCUUCUUGAAGGAGAUACAAGACUUGGCUGAGGAAAUUUAUGAAACCACGGACAAAGCAAAACGCUUACACAAACUCUGGCUAGAAAAAUCCAAGACCUCAGGCAGUUCUCACGGCGCCAGCUUUCUGAUGAUGAAUCUCAACAAGACGGAGGAGCUGCUGUCUGCGCUGGAAGCCCUGCAGCGGCAGCCUCACUUCUGGGACUUCCUGCUCUCACUGUCGGGACUGCGCCCAGACCUGGUCCAGCAGGGAGACGGCCUGGGCUCUGCAGUGCACUUUCUCCACGCCGUUCUGGAGUGCACGUGGACUUUGAUAUUCCUGGAAGUUUUGGAGAGCAUACUGCUGCCUAUUUGUACUGACUCAUCCAGUGUGUCCUCGUUCUAUCAGCUCCCAUCCUCCUUUGAGAAUAUUCUAAAUAUAAGUAUUGUGUGGCUGAACCAUUUAAUAAGUUCAGGGACAGAAUCAUUUGAUACUGAUGUUCAGAAACCUUUGGAAUUUGACAAAGACGCGAUAGAAAGAAUAAGAACUCUUGAAAGUAACUGGAUAAGUGAGGAAUCAGGAAAUCUUUUGAGAUUCAUGGAAUUACUGCUUCCUGGGAUGAAUCCCAAGCUGCCAGAAUCAUGGCUCUAUGGUGUUUCAAAAGAAGAAAGAGCUGAGUUGGAUGUCUUAUGCACACUUCUGAAUUUUCCUUUUCCAGAAAAUGAUAAGAUCCUUAGUGAAGGGUUUGACUUUGCCCAGUUGUUCCGUUAGGAUUGGCCCGAUGCAGCAGCCACGAGUGCGGGUCUGACACGUUUGAGUGAGGCUGUGCUCCGUAGUCUCUGGGAAUCUGGUUUUCUGGGACAGGCACAGGUCUCAGAAGCCCUGGACGAGGUCACUGUGAUGAAGAACGUGUCUGACCUGUUCGCAACUCUUCCGGAAACCCAGAGACAAGGAGUUGACAAUGUUGUGACUCACAUAAUCAAUGUCUUCAAGAACAAGGAUUCAACUUUACUCCUGCAACUUUAUUCUUCAUUUUAUCAAUACAUUUAUGAAUUCCUGAGCAUUCGGAACAGACAAUCUUUACUAACUUUCCUUGUACAAACCUCCAAACACCUCUUGGAUAUUGUAAAGCAAUUUGAUUUUCAAAACAUCAGCAAGGCAUUUGUGUUUCUAUCUGAGGCAGUAGGGGUUCUUGAAGGGAUUUCUGAUGUACCUUUAUGUCAAAAACUGCUUUCAAUUUUUAACUUCCUGGAGCUUGAAGCUGAAUCUUUGAAGUUGACAGAGGGCCAUGAAUUGAUGGUGAUCCAUGCUACCCUGACAGGCCUCAGGCAGCUGCUCAGGGUGGAUGAAGGUGUUCGUAAUUCUUUAUUUCAGUAUAUGAGCCAGUUCUUCAAUGGAUCACUGAAGUCUUUGUGGGGUGAUGAGUGCCUUCUCUUGAAAAAUAAACACAUUUCCUCCUCAAAUGAUUCAAUAGACAAAGGGUCUCCAUUUAUUCUUCCAUGCUCACAAAGCUUUUUGGCGCUCUAAGGUGGUGAAUUGAAUGAGUUUAUGGCUAUUCACCGUACUGUGUCGUGGUUUCAGAUGUGGACUGACAUCUGGGGAAGCUUAUCUGAAAUACAGAAGCUUGGCACAAAUGUCUUCACUUCCCUUCAUGUUGGUCUCACUCAGCUUUUGGAUGAGUUGGAAAAGGAUAUUAACAUUUCUAAAAGCUGCCAGGGACCGCUUCCCACCCACCAUGCUGUUAGACUUAUAUGAAGUUUGUUGAAAAAUGUAAGUGAAGCAGGUGGCGGCCAUGACUGGUAUGCCUUCUGGGACCUCGAGGAUCCCUGGAUGGCAUUAGGUGAUGUGUUAGUAAUAGCAAAAUCACUUUCCUUGGAUCGAGUGGAGAGGUCCAUUGUCGCCAUGGAAACCGUACUGCACCAGCUGAGGCCAUUUCCAUUCAGCACAAAGCUCUGGCAUUCUCUGCUUGGAGUUCCCCGUGACUCAAGAAAUGCCUCAGAAGCGACAGGUAGAAAUUUAGAUCCUGUAAGCUAUUUUACUUCAAAUAACCUCACACAUUACUGGGCAAGCUUGGAAAGCAUCAUCCCUGAGCUAAGAGAAACAAUACUAUUUCUUAGAAAUGUGUCACACGACCCCAUUCUGUUUUCUUACUGCAAGGAUGCAUGGCUGCAAGGAUGCAUGGCAUGGCCAGGCGUCCUAAACCAUCUGUCCCCGAGGAAGAGUUCAAGCUUCUCACCAAACCAUCUUCACAGAAUCUGGGGGAGUUUCAGAGAGAUGAAAGACAAGAUGAACUCCACCCUGCACAUUGCGAAGUGGGUGCUAAAGAAACCACCUUGUUCAUCGAAUGGUCCAAAUACAAGUUGUUUAAACAUUUACUUGAAAGAUGUAGCUGAUUGUCUAAAUAUUAUACUUGCUGCAGUCUCGGAAAAAGAGAGGGUUCCCAAAUUUGAGAUUAUGUUAGCUUUCCUAAAUGAUUCCGCAAACCAAGUAAGAAUGAUUAAACACUUUGCUGGAUUAACUCUGAGACCCCUGGAAAUGUCAGAUGGAAUUCCCACCCAGUUUCAAAAUAUUUGGCUGCAUAUAAUGGCGCUGGGGAAGGACAGUCAGAAACUUGUGAAAGAUAUUUCUUCUAACUUCCAUGAAAGUAACUCCUCUGCUAAAGCUGAGAAGGUUUUUAGAACGUUUGCCACCAGUCCAGAGGAAAGGGAUGUGAAGAGCUUAGAGCAGUCCAUUUAUUGCUUAGUCCAGUACCUUGUCCUCAGCCAGGCUCACAGCCUGCGGCAUUCAUCAAGAGCAGUUCCACAUGAAAUGUCAGAAGCUGUGGGUCUUGGUAUUCAACUGGUGAAGGAUGUGUUUGGCUCCUUGGUACCUGCUGUGCAAAAUAGUAUCCUACAGAAUACACUCCAUGUUCAAGUUUGGGGGAAAGUUGCUUGUCUAUACGCUCUCAGGAAAGCAGACACAGCCCCUGCCGUAGGCCAGCUUGAACAAACUGAUGUGAAGCUUGUGACUUUCUUUCAGCAUGUCAGUAGGUUAGUGUGUGGCAGCUCAGGGCUUGACUUGCUUGUGGGCCUGGUGGAGAAGUUUGUAGGGAAUUCCCAUCUUGGAACGUUAAUCAAGUGCUGCAGCUGCCGUGCUUGCUCCCCUAAAGACGAGGUGAACGUGGUGAUGGAUGUGGGCUGUGCCAUUUGGCACGCAGUGAGGCUCCUGGCGAUGGAUGUGGGCUGUGCCAUUCGGCACACAGUGAGGCUCCUGGCAAUGGAUGUGGGCUGUGCCAUUCGGCACGCAGAUAAGGUAUCGCAGUGUGCAAAAGAAAGCUCCCAGAUGGGUUUUGUUCCCAAAGAUAAGAUUGUCAAAAUCCUGACGCUGGAUUGGCUUCCAGCUGCGACAGAAGACAGAGUGAUAGUGUUUUCCUGUUCCCGGGAGGCCCUACCUAAUCUCACCGGACACUCAUCUGUGCCGGAUGACGCAGGGGUUUAUUUUGGUGGCCAUCGGGAAGCAGAGCUCAGGAGAGCCUUCUGUCAUGCCCUUCUAAAGGCAGCCUCCAGGACCCAUGAGACUGAGCGUAGUCUGGACUUUGUCACAGAGGUGAUGUUGUUGCUUUUCCCUGUGAACAGCUCUAGGGACCAGUCUGGACUCAGCCACAGUCUUAGGUCAGCCCUUGACCUUGUGAGACAGGGUCCCGCAGACAUGACAGUGCUGAUGGCUGCUCUUUUAGGCUUUCCCCUUCGCGACUUGCACGGCUCAGGUCCUGGGCUCCAGCCGGGGAGCCUUGCUGGCCUCACUGAUUUGCUCUCCUUCAUGAACUGUUCAUUCUUUCUGAGAAGCAGGGCAGCCUUAGCCAUCACGAGGUGGCUGCGUGGUGUUGUAGCAGCAACUGGUGCAGACAGCCAUGUCUGGGAACCCCUGCUGGAAGCGUCCUGGGCUCUGACCCAGCUGUCCAGCAGUGCUGACCUCAGAGGCCUGGCCACGUCUGUGGACUCCACCGUGAGGCUUCUUACGCUCGCCAAGGAAAUUUCGGGGAAGAGAGCUGGGCUUUUCCAGACUCACUUUCCCUCUAGGGCCAAGGAUGCCGUGGAAUUCUCUGGCACCCUCUAUUCCAUCAUGCAGCAAGGCGUGCAGGAUUGCAUGACGGAUGUAAUAGCUCUAAAGAAAGCAGACCGCUCUGUCCUGACAGCGGUCACUGGCUUGUGGAGGCCCUUCCUUAACUUGACCUUCAGCAUGGUUGGAAUUCAACCCAGUAUUUCAAAAGACUCUGACGUUCCCAGCCCGUCCUCUGGCUUGCUCUCAUAUAUAAACCGGUCUGAGGACUCUGCUAGUAUUUUGGAAGAAAUUGCUGCAUUAAUUACAUCUGUGAAUGUCAGUGUUGGCGAUGUGGAGCGUCUCCUGGUGGCAUUUGGCAGUGGAACUCAACUGUCUUUUAUGAAGUCUUUCACCUUGUGGGAAGAAAGCCCGAGUGGCUUAGCUCCUGGAAACAACCUCACCGGCUGGAGGGACUGCUUGCGCCCUUGCUCCACGUCCACCCAGGACGCACAGUGGAGCAGAAUGCAGGAAGCCAUCCUCAUUUUGUAUAAGGUGUUAUCACAAAAUAGUACCGAAAGAAGCACUCAUUUGAAAAUGGCAAGCGUCCUCAUCUUAGAAACUCUUUGGGACAGCUUACAGAAGGACGACUGGAAUGUUUUUAAUUUGUUGCUGACAUUUGCUCAGCGUCCGGAUAAUCUUGUGAAAACCUUGGCAACAUUUGUAGAGGCCUCGGGCAGCAUUAAAAGUGAUUAUAGAGGCGCUUUGAAUGAAGGGUUGCUUUUCAAUGCAUCCCCGGUUCAGAACAUAGCUCACCAGGUUGAAAAAGCCAUCUGGAGUGUGUUGGGUGGAGCCGGGCUCCCGAGGCUGGGGCUGCUCCUGCAUGGUUUUGGCUGGGUGAGCUCCGUACGGACAUGGCUCCGGGAAGGGCUUGUGGGUCUCACUACCUCAACCACUGAGCAGGUCAGCUCAGAGGAAGAGAGGCCUGGGAGAGAGAGAACUGGGUUUCCUUCCGGCUUCCAGCCAGUGUGUUUUGAGAUGUCCCUGAGGAGUCUGAUCGCGUGGAUUGAGCACUGGCAAGAAGGCCACCUGGUGGAGCACAGUGCUGUUGAGAUGUGUCAGGUCUUCUGGCAGCCUGGGGAGCCCUCGAAAGCCCUUGAGAUGCUACAGAAAGUGAGCCUGGUGGCUCUGCGUGUGCUGCUAAUCUUGACAGAAAAUCCCUCGAUGACGCAGGAUGUUUUGUGUGCCACUCUGAGCUGCAAGCAAGGUGGUGCGAGGUGCCUCGUUCUCUCUGCUGUCCAAGCAUUUGCUGUGGUGUAUGGCCACUCUCAGGAGUUUGAGAAGCUGUGGUCUUCACCCACUCAGCUGAGCUGUGAGAGCCUUGCCAGGAACCUGUCCAGUGCCUUGGAAAGCUUCAAGAGCCACUUGGAAAAUGCCACCGAGCAGGACUGCGCCUGCCAGCCAGGGCUGGACACCGUCCAGCAGCAUGUGCACAGGUUGGCCCAAAGCCUCGCAGGGUCCUGGCUGUCACGGUAUCCUGUUGUGACUUUUCUCAGCAAUUUUGCAGUGUCCAAGGAUGUGCAGAUCAAAGAUUUGAUAAGCAAUGUCUCCAGGUUAACUGAAGAGCUUCGGUCUUCUGCUCACAUCUCUAGUGAAACCAUUGAGAGCAUCCUGGAAGCAAACAUGUCGCACCCCAAGAGUCUCUGGAGUGUCCUCGCUGUGGCCCUGGCUGGUGAGUGUGAGGAGGAAGGCCUGUCCCUCUUGCUGACGCUCCCUGCAGAUGACAAAUCUCGGCUUGCAACCCAGGAGCUGUGUGGCCUGCCCGGGUCGCGGGUGUAUCCUCUGCUGGUAUCCGUGGGACGGAACCUGGACCUCAGGCGUUUCAUCUUCAAAGCUCUGAUGCCGCCUCAAGCCAGGGGCUUGCUCUACUCCCUGCUGGACGUGGUGUCCAGCCUCAGCUCCUUGAUGCACAGAGCUCAGCAUGUCCUUCCGCACCUUCCUUCCUUUCUUCACAGCCUGAGCAUCGACGCCUGGCUGGACACGUCGAGCUUGCAGCAGGCUCCACUGAGUGGCCAGGUCAGAGAUUCAGCCUACGGUGCUUUCCAGUCUGUGAUGAAGAUGGUCUGCAAGGACCAAGCACCUUUUCUCAGCGACUCGAACACGUUCAUUAAUUUGCCCAGAGUUAAUGAGCUUUUGGAGGAAGACAAGGAAAAAUUCAACAUUCCUGAAGAUUCAACUCCAUUUUGCUUGAAGCUGUAUCAGGAGAUCUUGCAGUCUCCAAAUGGUGCCCUGGUGUGGUCCUUCCUGAAACCCGUCCUCCACGGAAAAAUCCUGUACACGCCCAACACCCCCGAGAUUCACCAGGUCAUCCAAAAGGCGAAUUCUACCUUUCAUUUUGUGGACAACCUAAAGAUUUUAUUGGAAAUGCUGUUGAAGAUGUCCAGUCUGUUCCAGGGAAGCACGAAUGGCCAGAUGUUCAACCAGCUCCAGGAGGCCCUGCGAAACAAAUUUAUCAGAAGGUUUAUCAAGGCCCAUCUGCACGUUGAUGUAGACGACCUAAUCAGACAACUCCAGAUGAAUGGAGGCAUGCUGGAUACGAUGCUGAGUAAUGCGGGGGCCGACCAUAUCCGCUUCCUGGGCCAUGUCUUGGUCAACCUGUCCUCCUGCGUGACGUUGAACCGGUUCCAGGCUGCGGAGUCUGUGGGUGCUCUGGAGACAGAAGCACACGAGCUCAUGAAGCACAACAGCUUCUUGGCCAGUGUCAUAUUCAAUAGUUCCUUGACAUCUCCCAAGCUGCCACCCCACGUCACCUACACAAUCCGGACCAGUGUCUUGUACAGCAUGAGAACAGAUCUGGUGAGGAAUCCUUCCUGGAAGUUCCAUCCUCAGAGCCUGCCAGCGGAUGGGUUCAAGUAUAACUACAUCUUUGUCCCGCUGCAAGACAUGAUCGAAAGAGCCAUCAUCGCCGUGCAGACGGGACACGAAGCUCCGGAGCCGGCUGCCCAGACACAGGCGGCUCCCUACCCCUGUCACACUAGCGACCUAUUCCUGAACAACGUUGGCUUCUUUCUCCCCCUGAUCAUGAUGCUGACCUGGAUGGUGUCUGUGGCCAGCAUGGUUCGGAAGCUGGUCUAUGAGCGGGAGAUCCAGAUAGAAGAGUACCUGCGGAUGUUGGGCCUGCACCCAACGACCCACUUCCUGGCCUGGUUCCUGGAGAACAUGGCGGUGCUGGCCGUGAGCAGUGCCGUCCUGGCCGCCGUUCUCAAAGCGAGCGGCAUCUUUGUGCACAGCGAUGCCUCUGUCGUUUUCCUCUUCCUGCUGGACUUCGGGGUGUCGAUCGUCAUGUUCAGCUACUUGCUGAGUGCGUUUUUCAGCCGUGCCAACACAGCGGCCCUUUGUACCAGCCUGCUGUACCUCAUGAGCUUUCUGCCCUACAUCGUCCUCAUGGUCAUGCGUAACCAGCUGAGUCUGGGCCUGCAGACGUUUCUGUGCCUGCUCUCGACAACAGCCUUUGGACAAGGAGUAUUUUUCAUUACAUUCCUGGAGGGACAAGAGGCAGGGAUCCAGUGGAGUAACCUGUACCAAGCUCCAGAACAUGGGAGCAUGGCGUUUGGCUGGGUUUGUUGGAUGAUUCUCUUUGAUUCAAGCCUUUAUUUCUUAUGUGGAUGGUACCUCAGCAACUUGAUUCCUGGGAGCUUUGGCGUGAGGAAGCCCUGGUACUUCCCUGUCACGGCCUCAUACUGGAAAAGCCUCUGCGAUGUCCCGGAGAAGCAGCAGAAUCCUGAGAGCUCCAGCCCCGUCAGCAGUGAGAACCUCGGCUUCAAAGGGUUGUCAUCCCAAAGUGGAGAAGAGGAGCUGGAAGGAGGCCCUGUGGGAGUGGCCUUGGUGUCUGUGAGCAAGGAGUAUGAAGGCCACAAGAUGGCCAUCCAGAACCUCAGCCUCACCUUCCACAGAGGCCAGAUCACUGCCCUGCUGGGGACCAACGGUGCCGGGAAGACCACCAUCAUAUCCUUGUUGACGGGGCUCCGACCCCCCACCUCUGGAACCAUCAUCGUUGAUGGCAAGAACAUGCAGACGGACCUGUCGAGGGUCCGAAGGGAGCUGGGGGUGUGUCCACAGCACGACGUCCUUUUUGACAACCUCACAGUCCGGGAGCAUCUGCUGCUUUUUGCCUCCAUAAAGGCUCCGUGGUGGACUCAGGUGGAGCUGCAGCACCAGGUGGCUAAAGCCCUCCAGGAUGUGGAGCUAACACAAUACCAGCACAAACCGACCUGCGCCCUGUCUGGAGGCACCAGGCGGAAGCUGUCCAUGGCCAUUGCUUUCCUGGGCACAUCACGGACCGUGGUUCUGGAUGAACCUAGCAGCGGUGUGGACCCCUGCUCCCGCCGUGGCCUCUGGGACAUUUUGCUCAAGUACCGAGAAGGUCGCACGAUCAUUUUCACCACCCACCACCUGGAUGAGGCCGAGGCGCUCGGGGACUGCGUGGCCAUCCUGCAGCAUGGACGGCUCAGAUGCUGUGGCCCUCCUGUCUGCCUUAAGGAAGCCUAUGGCCAGGGGCUCCACCUGACACUCACACAGCAACCUUCCAUUCUGGGGCCUGGUGACCCUGAGGACAUCACACGUGUCACGUCCCUGAUACAGAUCUAUAUUCCACAAGCAUUUCUCCAAGGCAGCAGCAAGGGAGAGCUGACCUACACCAUUCCCAAGGGCACAGACACAGCCUGCUUUAAAGGGCUCUGCCAGGCUCUGGACCAGAACCAGCAGCAGCUGCGCCUGGCGGGUUACAGCCUCUCCGACACUACUUUGGAAGAGGUGUUUCUGAAACUUCUGCAGGAUUCAGACAAGGAAUCUCACCUUGCCCUGGGAAGCGAGGCCCAGCCACAAGAGCACGACCCUGCUGGCCCAUCUCCUGGCUGCCGUAAGCACAGAGCAGGCUACUGUGACUCACCUGUGAGGACCACACUCGUGCACGGCCGGAAGCUCCUCCUGACCCAGGUGGCUGCCAUCAUGUGCAAGCGGCUGUGCCACACGCUCCGGGCCUGGAAGAACACGCUCUCAGACCUGCUGCUGCCUGUCCUGUUUGUGACCCUGGCCAUGGGCCUGUUCAUGGUGCGGCCCCUGGCCACCACCUACCCUCCCCUGCAGCUGACCCCGGGCCAUUAUGACAGCGCUGAGGCUUACUUUUUCAGCAGUGCGGAUGAUGCCAUGGACCUCAGCCACGUGCUCCUGCAAAAGUUCAGAGACCAAGGGCUCGUCUGUGCUGACUCCAGCUCAGACCUGGAGAACUCCUCCUGCUGGCACCGGGAUCUCUUUCCUGCCCUGGAAUUCCAGGAUUCCUGUGGCUGUCUGGGGUGUCCAAACAGCAGUGCGGGGGCUCCCUACCUGACCAACAGCCUGGGCCACACCCUGCUGAAUCUCUCAGGAACUGAUGUGGAGAAGUACUUGCUCAUACCAUCCGGAAAGCCCAGGCUUGGCGGCUGGUCCUUCGGAGUGCGCAUCCCCAGUGGCCCUGCAGCUGAGAAUGCCAGCGCGUCACAGCCCAGGACUCUGGCAAAGGUGUGGUACAACCAGAAAGGCUUUCAUUCUGUGCCUUCCUAUGUGAACCAUCUAAACAACCUCGUGCUGUGGCGCCAUUUACCCCCUGCUGUGGACUGGCGACAAUACGGAAUAACGCUCUACAGCCACCCAUAUGGAGGAGCCUUGCUGAAUGAGGACAAGAUCCUAGAGAGUGUCCGGCAGUGUGGCGUGGCCCUGUGCAUCGUGCUGGGCUUCUCCAUCCUAUCUGCAUCUCUCGGGAGCUCCGUGGUGAGGGACAGGGUGACGGGAGCCAAGAGGCUGCAGCACAUCAGUGGCCUUGGCUACAGGACGUACUGGCUCGCCAACUUCCUCUAUGACAUGCUCUUUUAUUUGGUUUCCGUGUGCCUGUGUGUAGCCAUUAUCGUCGCCUUCCAGUUACCAGCUUUUACUUUCCGCAAGAACUUGGCGGCCACGGCCCUCCUGCUGGCGCUUUUCGGAUACGCCACGCUCCCGUGGAUGUACCUCGUGUCCAGCAUCUUCUCUAGUGCGGACGUGGCCCUCAUCUCCUACAUCUCACUGAAUUUCAUCUUUGGCCUGUGUACCAUGCUCAUGACCACUAUGCCCCGGCUGCUGGCCAUCGUGUCCAAAGCCCAGAACCUACAGAAGAUCUAUGAAGUCCUCAAGUGGGCCUUUACGAUUUUCCCCCAGUUCUGUCUGGGUCAAGGGCUGAUUGAACUCUGUUAUAAUCAGAUCAGAUUUGACCUGACCCACAGCUUUGGUGUUGAUUCCUACGUGAAUCCCUUUGAGAUGAAUUUCUUGGGCUGGAUCUUCGUGGCACUGACCUUGCAGGGCACGGUUCUGCUGCUGCUGCGGACUGUGCUGCACCGUGACCUGCUGGAGCAGUCGGGGGGUCCCUCUGCACUCCACAGUGCAGCCAAGUCUUCUGAGGAUGCAGAUGUUGCACAAGAGCGGCUUAGAGUGUUGGAGGGGAGGACGGAAGGGGACAUCCUGGUGCUGCACGGCCUCAGCAAGCGUUACGGGAAGCCAUUCAGGAAGACCUGCGCUGUGCGCAGCAUCAGUGUGGCCAUCCCCAGGGGAGAGUGCUUCGGGCUGCUAGGGGUGAACGGAGCUGGGAAGAGCACCGUGUUCAAAAUGCUGACUGGAGAAGCUGGCCCCUCUUCUGGAUACGCCGUCGUAAGGACCCGCACUGGAGCCCUUGUGCCUCUGUCCUGUGCCCGCGAAGCCGGCGUCCUCAUCGGCUACUGUCCGCAGCAGGACGCCCUGGAUGGGCUCCUGACGGGUCGUGAGCAUCUGGACUACUACUGCAGCCUGCGCGGGAUCCCCAGGCAGCGCAUCCCCGAGGUUGCGAGAGACCUCGUGAGGCACCUGCACCUCGAAGCCCAUGCAGACAGCCGUGUGGCCACCUACAGUGGGGGCACCAAGCGCAAGCUCUCCACAGCCCUGGCCCUGGUCGGCAAACCUGACCUGCUCUUCCUGGACGAGCCCAGCUCAGGGAUGGAUCCCUGCUCAAAGCGUCACCUGUGGCAGACAAUACAGACAGAGCUGCGGGAAGGCUGUGCGGUAGUGCUGACCUCCCACAGCAUGGAGGAAUGUGAAGCUCUGUGCACCAGGCUGGCUGUGAUGGUCGGCGGCAGCUUCAGGUGCCUGGGGUCUCCUCAGCACAUCAACAACAGGUUUGGUGAUGGUUAUGUAGUCAAAGUUUGGCUUUAUAAGGACACACAUCAGCCUACCACUGUUUCUGACUGCCUGAAACUCCAUUUCCCAGGAAUCCAGUUUAAGGGACAACGCCUUAAUUUAUUGGAAUAUCAUGUGCCCAAUAGCGGGGGCUGCUUAGCUGACCUGUUCAAGGUUCUGGAGAACAACAAGACCUUCCUGGAUAUCAAGCAUUACUCUAUUAGCCACACCACUUUGGAGCAGGUAUUUAUUCGUUUUGCUACUGAACAGCAGCAGACUCCACAGCUGACUCCUGGCCCAGCCCCUGAUGGUCAUGACGUGUGCCACCUGCCUGUCUAAGCCCCGAAGAAGGAGGACCUUACCUUUCACGGCAGUCAGCACUCCAUGCAAGGGCGCAUCCAGGCAGCCGCAUAGCUGUGUCUGCUGCAUCUUCUGUGUUAAGGCAUUUGUUCAUUGAUAACUAGCGGACAAGAGGUUGUGCUUCUUUGCAGGCUUUGGGGAAUUGUUCCUACAUCUUUACCUCUU